AUGGGAAAUUUUCUAUCUUCUUGCUUCCAACACAGAGAUCAAAGCAUUACAGAGGACGGAGACAUAAUAAAGUUUACUCUUGAGGAAUUAAAUGCUUACACGGAUACGUUUAGUGAAAGAAAAUUCUUCGGCUUGGGAGGAUUCGGUCGCGUUUAUCGUGGAAUCAUCAAAGGGAGGCAAGAGAGACAUAUUAAUGGCCAACAUAUAGCUGUUAAGUUCUCCCGCAACAUAGUUGAAGGAGAACGAACCGAGUGGAUGGCUGAAAUGGAGUACUUACCAAAAGUGAGGCAUCAAAAUAUCAUCAAGCUAAUUGGAUACUGUGAAACUCAGGAAAGGUUCUACCUUGUUUAUCCAUUCAUGCAAAAUGGGACUGUCUUGGAUAAAUUAUCAGGCCUGGAUUGGAGCAAAACCCUUAGAAUAAUCAAAGGAGUUGCAAAUACCAUACAGAAGCUACAUGGGUUUACGCCUGCACUUGUCCAUAGGGAUUUAAAGCUGCACAAUAUUUUGCUCGAUAAGAAUUUUAUUCCCAAAGUAGCUGAUUUGGGGAAGGUUACACCAGAGGAAGAAAAUAUAAACUCAUCAGGAAGCAAAACAGAUGAUAUUUACAGUUUUGGAGAAAUAAUAUUGCAACUAAUAACGAAGGAAAAGAUUACCUACAUUGAAGCUAAUUGUAGCGUGCCUUGGCGAAUUGGGGAUUCAGCAAUCAGAAAUUACCCUACACAAAAAUUAUUGCAUGUAAAAUUAGAAAGAACUGGAUGUUCCGAAGAAGCUGCCAAGGCAAUUACAGAACUUGGACUGGAAUGUGUCAAACCCCAGCCACAAGACCGCCCAACCAUUGCUCAAGUUAUUGACAAGCUUGCCUAUUUAUCAUAG